AUGGACAACGACAUUCCUUUAACUCAAGUACGGAGCAACGCCAGCUCGACUGGUGCUAGAAAGCCCAACCAAAGCAAUGCAACCGGCUUCAGUAUUGAAAACCAGCCCCCUACUGACGACAACGAGAAGGGUGGCUUCUUUCAUCGUGGUCGGAGGAGAGCCAAGAAAACCGAGGGCUCUGAGGAGAAUGACAAUCUAAUCUCCGAGGAGGCAUCUCUUACUGCCAUGGGCAGGUUUUACAACAAGCUCAUCCAAGCCUCAGUCUUCACGCGAUAUCUCGUUUACAUCGUCCCCGUCGGUGUCCUCUUGGCAAUUCCUAUGAUUGUUAUCCGAGCAUUGAAUAAGCAGGACACGCUUCGAGCUGGUCACGGCCCGCGAACCAAUGAUGUAAACGAAACUCCCGCCAUAUAUGACCCCGGCCCACGUCUCAUUGAUCUUUUUCUAUGGAUUGAAUUAGCGUGGCUGGCCUUAUGGGUUGGUAAGGUCGUUGCUCAUCUUCUACCCCCUAUUUUUAUGUUUUUCACCGGUGUCAUCAGCGCUGGUACUCGCAAGUAUGCAAUCGUCAUCCGCGCACUUGAGAUUCCGCUCUCCCUUUUCUUCUGGGCAUUGGCGACCUUCUUUAUAUUCACGGGUCUGCUAAAUGUUAGAUACAACAAUGUCGAGUGGGUUAUAACGAUACGAAGAAUCGUGGGUGCGCUCUUUGCCUCUUCGGCUGUGUUCCUCGUCGAGAAAGCUAUUAUUCAACUUAUCAGCGUCACAUACCACCAGCGAUCCUUUGCCAAUCGUAUAAAGGACUCCAAACGGGAAGUCUACCUUCUGGGCUUGAUGUACGACGCUUCUCGGCAACUAUUUCCUAUGUACUGCCGUGAAUUCCGCGAAGAGGAUGAGCUUAUCAACGAUAGUAUCGAGAUACUGCUUGCUGGUGGGAAAGGUGGAAGAAGGAAUAGGAAGAGUGGUGUAGUGACGCCUAUGAGGUUGAUUGGGAAUGUAACGCGCAUUGGCGACAAAGUUACCUCUGUCUUCGGCAACCUGGCCUCGGAGAUUACUGGCAAGCAGGUCUUCAACCCCAAUUCCGCUCACUCGAUAGUCGUAGAAGCCCUCGAGAAAGUUAGGACUUCAGAGGCUCUCGCGAAGCGUAUCUGGAUGUCAUUUGUCGUGGAAGGCAACGAGUCUCUAUAUGUCGAUGACAUCAUCGAGGUUCUUGGCCCUGGCCACCGUGAAGAAGCCGAAGAAUGUUUCGAAGCAAUCGAUGCGGAUGGGAAUGGAGAUAUCAGCCUCGACGAAAUGAUUAGGAAGGUAGUUGAGAUGGGAAAGGAGAGAAAGGCUAUAGGAAACAGCAUGAAGGACAUCAGCCAAGCCUUGGGUGUGUUCGAUCAGGUCCUCCUCUUCAUCGUGCUGCUGAUCGUUAUUUUCAUCUUCCUUGCGUUCUUCCAAAGCUCCUUCAUCACCACGCUCGCGACUGCGGGUACGACCUUGCUAUCUCUCUCUUUCGUUUUCGCUGUCACUACGCAGGAAUUCUUAGGUUCUUGCAUCUUCCUAUUCGUCAAGCAUCCUUACGAUGUUGGCGACAGAGUCGAUAUUACAGGUACGGAGAAAGAGCAGCUGGUUGUUGAGAAGAUUUCCUUGCUCUACACGGUCUUCAAUCGUAUCGACAAGAUGCAGGUUGUACAGGUACCAAACAUUGUUCUGAACAACGUUUGGAUCGAGAACGUUACCCGAAGCAAGGCCAUGAAAGAGGUUAUUGACAUCAAUGUCUCAUAUGAUACUUCAUUUGAAGACAUCGAACUUUUACGGCUUGAGAUGGAGAAAUUUGUGCAGGCCCCAGAGAAUGCGCGAGAUUUUCAACCUGACAUUUCUAUUAGCGUUGCAGGUGUCGGAGACUUGGAUAAAUUGCAGCUUAAGAUUGCUAUCAAGCACAAGUCAAAUUGGCACAACGAGGCUAUCCGUGCUACUCGACGCUCCAAAUUCAUGUGUGCUCUUACGCUUGCCUUGAAGAAGGUGCCCAUCUAUCCUCCAGGUGGCGGCGGUGAAGCAUUAGGUGGACCUACUAAUCCCUCCUAUUCGGUCAGCGUCUCGGAUGCGGAAGCGGCUGCUGCUCGUGACAAGGCUGCUAAAGAAAAGGAAGAAAAGCGAUUGGUACCAGCAGCACCGGCUAGGAACCCUUCGACAGCUAGCAAAUCCGGAAAACCCGAGGAUAGAGAGGCGAAGGCUGCGCAGGGUUUAAACACGCUCGACCCCGUAGCAGCAGCAGCAGACAAUUGGGGCUAUAACCGCGACGACUCCUCAGACUCCCGUGAGGAUCUCAUAGAGCGAAAACGCUCAACCGAUAUAGAGUCCUUGCGUCUGGACCUCCGUAAGCAUGAGAGUCAGCGCAGCGGUCGUCGGAGAGCAGGCGAAACCCUACCUCCGCAACCAAUCAGCGAGAACACGCCAAGCUUUCAGAUAACCCAGCAUUCGGGCCCCUAUGACGAAGAAGCGCAAGUGGGUGGUCCGCAUCCAUACAACACCAGUGCCCAGUCAGCGAAUACGCUGUAUCCCCAAGCGUCUACCCGAACCAACCAGUCCGCUGGGAGCAGCAGACACGCGAACCAUUAG